AUGGGUCCCGCUGCGCGUUACCGACCCAUGUCUCCCAGCGGAUCGCGUAUGAUCGAUCCUAUGCGGGCCUCCACCGGCACCGUGCAGCUCAGUGCUUCCUACGAUCCCUACCACCUCUCUGCCGGCCGUCCGCCAUACCCGGGUUACCAUGCCGAUGUCAACUACGCUUCUUCCUACGAACCUCGCCUGGUGCGAGAACCCCGAUUGGAAGCACAACCCAUUUCUUCCACUACAUAUCGAGACCCCGGCCAUUCCACCAAGUUAAGGACGGAGUAUGCCAUCCGCCCGCGAGUGCGGAGCAGCACCAUGUCCGCGGUGGAUCCUCGCUAUUCCUCCGGCCGUUAUGACACACCCGCAUCGCCCUUGUCCCGGGCUUCCCCUGUCAUUGUCCCCGGCCACCAGCGAACCCCUAGCCCGCGUCGAGACCAUGACCGUUACGUUGUACCGGCCUCCUCGCACCGACCCCACCGGCGGCAUCAUCUCUCACACACUGAUUAUGCCAGCGAUACUGGGCACUUAGACCCUCAUGAGGGAGCAUCAAGGUCGCGAGUGCCUCAUGGGGGAUAUCCGGUGUACGAGCACAGCCCUCGUCUGCGGUAUCCCCCAACUGGAGGUCUCCGGAAAGGCGAGGAUAUUGACGACUACGAUGCGUAUUCAUAUACCAAUGCAUCGGAGCAGAUGGAGAAAGACUCACUUGCUAGGCUGCGCUAUGAGCGAGGGGCUUAUCCAAGGAACAGGCCACUUAGUCUGACCGGCCUUGACGACCCUCACUUGCUGCCUCGCAAGGAGUCACGAGCUGUCGGGCCUCCUCCGUCUCAGAGAGGCUUUGACAAAUUGGACCAAGGCAGCCGUGUGCGGCGUUCCACACACGGCUCCGCUGACAGUGAUGUAGAUCUGGCGAGCGCCAGGCGGCGAUCCUGGCAGAGGGCCCCCGUAUCCUUGCACCAGGAUGUCGACGAAGGUUACUCUUCUUAUAGAGAUGAGUACGACCCUGGUCACCAUCGGCGACAUCGGCGACAUGAUGACGAUACGAGUAGCCGGCACUCCUACGAUGACCGUGCUUCAAGGCGAACCUCUGCUAAGAGCGCUGUCGCAGCUUCGGGGUCGAGUACGGGCCUAGGGACUGCAGUACUCGCCAGCGGUUACUCGGACGAUUUUGACUAUGAUCUCUCCCCCCGGCCCGACCGCCAUCGCUCCCGGGACCGGAGCGCUCGGGACCCGGAGUAUAGAAGGCAUCACAGUCGGUCGCGCAGACCGUCUAGACGUCGCUCAGGAAGCGAGUCUGAUGAGCAUACCUCGGAUGAAGACCUGAAGAAAUACCGACGCGAGCCAUCGGCGCACAGGAAGCCUGAUGGCUCGGACGUCUCAGCCAGUGGCAGCGAGCGACUGUCCCCCUAUUUGACAGUCGAUCGCGCCCGUCGCCGGCGGUCUCACUCUCGUCAUCGAAGCGAAGAUUUGCCGCGCCUCAAAGAAGCAGAUGCCAGCCGCCCAGACGAGCUGAAGAAGUCUGAGCAGGCCACGUCGAAGGAGCAGGACCCACCUGCACCCAAAGGCAUCCUGAAGCCUCCCCGUGAGAAGUUUCCGGAAGAGCCCAAUCCCGUUCGAGAAGGCGUGGCCCCAUUGAAAGAUGCGCACAAGAAGGGCAUCCCUCCGGGCGCCCGGUGGACGAAGAUAGACCGACGACUUGUGAACCCUGCUGCCUUGGAGCUUGGCCGAGAGCGGUAUGAGGAGCGAGCGGAGUAUGUGAUCGUUCUGCGAGUCUUGACCAAGGAGGAAAUUCAGGCGUAUGCGGUCAAGACGCAGGAAAUUCGAGAUGCUCGCUGGCAAGAGAUUAUCAAGGAGCGCCGUCGACGUCGGGAGGAGGACCGUCGCCACGGGCGUAGAGUGGACAGUUCCUCGAGCGACGAUGAAGACGAGGAUGACGAAAAUGCGACUCCUCUUGCCAUCGAGGUGCCUAUUAGACGCAACGACCUGGAUGCACGCGCAAUCAAACAUGUCAAGCAAUUACAAUUGGAAGCGUUUGAAUUACAGCUGGUUCUACGGCAUGUCGUGUACACAGUACAGAGUAAAUACGCGAAAUGUCUGUGGCAAUGCGCGACUUCCCAAAACAGAGAAAGAAAAGAAAUUAAAGAGACUCCAAACGGUCUUCUGACUCCGUCCCAGCCCUGGUUACACUUCGUCCUACCCGAGCCUCCUUCCUCAGUGGCUGAUCCAACAUUUUCUGCGCGUGUUCAAGGAAAUCUACAGACCAGACAAACUUCUCCCACCUCAUCAUUCAUGUCUUGUGUGACCCUCUUACUCUCUUCCGGAUUGGGUAUCAUUCUCUCGGUGCCCAGAGUAGCCCUCAGGUCUUCACUCUUCGCCCUGUUUGUUCUGUUCUGUUCUGAUGGUUCCUCGACUGUCUACCUGCUGUGUGGCGUAGCUACUUGUACGAAGCAUGUCGAGUCGGACUGGAAAUGA